UGCCAGGACACGAAUGAAAGCGCUGCGCAUAGACCCGACGUGGUACUACCUUUGGGUUUAACCAUCUUCACCACCUGCGCUCUGGGAGAGCUGAGCAUGAAUCUAGACGCAGGUGUGAUGAGCACCACAAAGUUUGUCUGCAGUCCCCUGGAGUUUCCGACAGCGGUAUCCGGACUUGGAGGAGAUGGUGGGGCGAUCUCUGUCAACGUGCCGUCGGUGCGCAACUCUGAUUCCGCCAUUACGGCUGCUAUUGCGGAGUUCUCACAUAUUUUGUUGGGUGCCGUCCACGAGAGUAUUGUUUUCAUCGAUGAUCUCAUUGGUAAGGCGGUGUACUGGGUAAAAUAUUCAGUCGUUGCACUGACAUAA